AUGCACCCAGGGCCCUUCCAAGCGUCUCAUUCCACGACCCCCGAUACCCAGUUUCCCGAGUGCCCAGUCACCUCUACCCAACAUGGACUUCAGCAGCAGCAGCAUGAGAACGUCCCAUGCUAUCUCUCUCCGGAGAGUAGUAGGGACGGAGUUCUCAAUGCCUCCCCUGAAAACCCUCCUGAUGAGGUCUCACCACCGCUGUCAACACUCGACCCGCUUGCGCGAGAACUGAGUCCUGCCCAGUCUCUGAAGUCCAUGUUUUCUGUGGAUUGCAACGGUGACCACGAAGGCGCGUUAACUCCUUCGCCAGGGAAAGUUAAAAAUUUUGGGUUCAAAAUCACAGCCUCGAGUAUCGAUGGGCUCUCUCGCCAACCUCUCGAGGAGCUUCCCAAUGAGGUUUUGACACACAUCUUGUCUCACCUUCCGCCUUCGUCGCUAUCGUCAAUUAGUCUUGUUAGCCGCCGAUUUUACAACCUUGUGACUACUCCUCAUGCUUGGAGAAUCGCAUUCUCCCGCCAUUUCCAUGGACCGGCAAGUCUGAGGCAAGAUAUCCACACGGAAGACUACGAACUUAUCCUGGCGCAAAGGCGCACAUUUUCCAGAUUGACAGCACUGACAUCUUGGCGAAAUGAAUACAUUUUGCGAACCAGAUUGCUCCGGGCUCUCUCCCGAGGCAGGCCAGCAGAAUUCAACGCCGCUCUGUUCCACGGCUCCACCAUCAGACAUCCAUCUGCGCAUACUGCGAGCGCUGUAUUCACGUACAACUCAAUGUGCGUUUACCCUAUUACCCAUAUGGACGGGACGUUCGGGUCGCCAUUGAACAACAAGCCCCCUCUGUUUAUCCAUGGGGCUGCCGAACAGGGAGUUGCUUCGAUGAGUGAUCCUAAUUCCAGAAAAACUGGCACUGGUUCCUGGGGUUUAUCUUUUCCCCAGAUGUUCAAACAUUUUUCAGAUAUCUUUCCUGGCGAGGCUGAGUGGGGCCUAGGUCCAGGCAAUAUGGUAGGCAUGUCCAAUGUUAUGGAUGUGAGCCAACUCUACGGCAUGGUUUAUGGAGAAGCUUGUCCUCAAGGGAGAGCCUAUUAUUUAUCUUCAAGUGAAAAUCGUGGUCGUUUUUUGUCUGGAGCGGGUACCACCUCUCAGCCUCAUCUUGGUAUUCCCGGCGUUAGCACAAUUGGAACUGCAAUCAGCUCUGUCUGGAUAGCCAAAUCUCCUCAGAUCCUCGAAAUGACUAAGGGUCUAUGUGGCAUUCUCUGUGGCUCGUCAUUGGGCAUUCUUACCGCAUACGCAUUGGGACCUAAACCUUCAUACGAUCAACGUUUUGAACCUGGUCAGGUAACCGCCAAUUGGGCCCUAUGUCCAGGAAUUCCUAUAAUUGCGAUUAAAGUUGAUGAAAAUUACUCUGCUAAGCGUCGUUCUCAUCAACGCAUUUGGGCUAUUGUCUUGAACGCGCUUGGAGAAGUGUUCUACCUAACGGAUAUUCCUCAUCAACCUAUUUUGACGGCCAAACAUAGCGUUCAGGAACUCAACCGGAUUGCUUGGGAGACCGGGAGAACUGUGCGCUGGGAACUAAUAGAAGCGACCCGGCGAAUUGCUCGGCCCGACCCAUUUAAUAGGCUCUUGGUGGAUGGAAGCUACAGCCCAAGAUCUUCCUCUAACUCCAUGAGCCUUACCGCAGAGCAGAUUUUUGCAGAAACAAUAGAGAUAGAGAAAUUCCUUACCUUUAAGCCAAAACAUUUUCGGAACGUUUUUGACGGUUGGGAUAUGAGACGAAAGCUGGAGGUUGAUUUCGCUGGUUACAAUCACCAUGAUUCGGGAGAGUCUGUUAUCGUCAUUAAUUGCGGUUUUGGAGAACACCAGACAAGUUCGAUUCGAAGAUUCACGCGACUGAAAGUUCAUGUUUCCUUUCCUCAGACUUCUGACAUCUACCCUUCGAUAUCGGCACCUACAAGCCAGUCGAUUUUUGGCCGGCCCCUUGGCUCAGGUUCAGCAUUGUCGUCCACUCCUCCGUCGCGAAAUUCCGAGCGGCGAGCAGAAAUGGAUUCUUCUGUUGCUAUUGAAUGGCGAAUAUCUGAUUUCGUUUUCGAAGAGCAAAAACCACCUCGAAUCUCUGCCAGUGCCUUAGAUACAUCGACAUUUUCCCAGUUGACUACGUCAGAAGACCCAUUAAUUAGCAUGAAUGGAGGCUCUGCUACAUCGUCUCAAUUGUCUUCUCCCUUAUCUUCGAUGAGCCAACAAGUAUUGUCUUCUGCUGAUAUUCCGGGACAGCGAGCUUCUUACAUGGCAGUUGGGACCACCACAGAUUCCCCACAGAUGUCCUGUGUCGCUUUGACGUCUCUCUACCUUGUACAUGGCGGGAGUGAUGGACUAGUUCAGGCGUGGGAUCCGCUCGCAUCGUCUAUGCAGCCCAUUCGGACACUUCACUCUCGCUUUUCAUCGAGAGCUCGCCGUCGUCUUGUCCAAGCCGAGGCAUCCGCUGUGGGGGUUGGUCAGAAUUAUUUCGCAGCUGGGGCUAUUUGCCUAGACCCCGAUCCAACAGUUCUCAGAGGCAUUGUGUCCCUUGGCAGCCAUCUUCGGUACUGGUCGUAUAGCUCAUCUUCAGUUGAUCAAUACAAAAGUAACAAGCGUCGACUACGUCGUUCCCACCGAGGAAAUAACAGCUCUCCUAUUUCCCAGCGGUUCACCAGUAGUGGUCGAGGAGCGUUGCAAGACUACAUUGCAAACGAAAGAUACGAGCUGGAGCGACAAGAGAAAGCUGAUCAAAAGAAAAGAGAAUUUCUCAGUGGCCGUUUCGGAGUAGAUCUUCUUGGGUCCGAUGCUAGCGAAGAGGAACUUCUUGCCUACGCGCAACUGUUAAGCGAGGAAUCGUAUACAAGCGACGAACGCAAAAGGAGUGAAAGUGACAGUAGCAUUGGAGAUAGUUCUUCAGGUGGAACUAUUUCCCCUAAUGGGAAUGCGAUGCUCCGCCCGUCAGUACUCACACAUACACCCGCCAGCCUUGCAACCUCCUCGUCCUCCGUUUUCGACACCGUCACUGAGGAGCAUGAUCCUGACAUCGCGGAGGCCCUCCGCCUCAGCCUUCUUGACCAGGCGUCUUCCCCAUCUGCAUCUGACUUUCCGUUCAAAUUGGAAGAUGUGUCCGGAGGGAGCAUGACAAAGGAUGCAGAGUGCAGUGUGAAACAGGAAGCUGAAGAGCUGGAAUUUGCGCUGCAUCUUAGUCUGGUGGAAGAAGCGAGUCGGAGAGCAGACGAUAGCGAGCCUUCUAUUAGGAGCGUGGAGGAUGAGGAUGACUUCCCCAUGUUUGGCGGAGGAUCAUCGCCUAGUUUUGAGAAGGGGAAGGGGAAGGGGAAAGCGCGGGCAUAA